GUGAAAUGAAAGGAGAGGAUGCGAAGUUGCAACGUUCACAACCUGACAGCCAUUUGAGCCACACUUCACAUAAUGAUGAAUGAUGAGCAUCUCCUCAGCUCUCCAACCUUAUUCAUCCGGCCAUGAGAAUCCUCACUUCUCCUUUCCUAAUCUCCCCACCUCACUCUAAAUCCAUCAUUCCCAAAACUAAAUUUCAUCAAUGCAGGGUUUCUAUAAAGCCACCACCACCCAACUUCGAUUUCAAGACUGAUUUUUUCAGCGCUUCUCGGAAUGCUAUUGAAGAAACCCAUCCGGAAUUGCUAGAUUUGGCUGAUAAUGGAACUCUGUUUCUCAUCAAGAAGAAUCAAUUUGGACCUGUUCCACCAUGGAGAAGCGAAUUUGUUGAACCAGAGGCUAUUUGGCUAAUUGGAACGACCCAUCUUUCUUUGGAAUCGGCCGUGGAUGUUGAAAGGGUCAUCCGUACUGUCAGGCCGGAGAAUGUGGUUGUGGAGCUUUGCAGAAGCAGGGCUGGCAUCAUGUACACUUCUGACGAUAGUGAUCUCAAUCAGCCCUUAAAAUCAAACAUGUUCUCUUUGAGUGGGACGGGUUUUUUCGGUGCUGUUGGUCGUAGCAUAAACUUGGGAGGUCAAACUGCUCUAGCAUUACGCGUCUUGCUGGCACUAUUCUCUUCAAAAAUGUCUUCAAGUGCUAAUCGUCCUUUUGGAGAUGAGUUCCGUGCUGCCCGUAAAGCUGCCGAGGAUAUUGGUGCUCAAAUUGUAUUGGGGGAUCGGCCAAUAGAAAUAACUCUUGAACGAGCAUGGAGUUCACUAAAAUGGAAAGAGAAGACAAGCCUUCUACUCUCUGUCUUCGGUGGAAUAACCUCAUCCGCUGACCUAUCAACAAAGGCAUUGAAGCAGGAAUCAAGUUCUGAUGAUAGUAACUUUCAGCUGUAUGAGAAAUUAAGCUUUUCAUAUCCAUCACUUCUACAGCCACUCCUACAUGAACGUGAUACGUUUCUUGCUUGGUCUCUGAAGAGGAGCAAAGCUGUGAACAACUGUAAGCAAGUUGUCGGAAUCAUUGGGAAGGGCCACAUGAAUGGAGUAAUAUAUUCCUUGGUGUCUGAUCAAGGAAACUUGCGCUUUCGAGAUCUAGCUGGGAAGAGUCCUUCAGGGGGGCUCUCUGGCUGGACAACUACCAUCUUCGGAAACUUGGUUAGAGACACUAUAAUUGGUUUCCUCUUGUGGCUAUUGUAUGAACAACUAACCAGUGGUUUGAAGUUGAUUGAUUAAACUGCAAGACCAACUUUCAGACUUCUUGUACGAUUAAGAAACACUCAAGUUAAUUCACACAGAGGAAGGAAUACUCCUCUCUGGACAGCCAUCCCGAAAGAAUAUUAAGCAUUAUUCCGGUUCUCCAUUUUCGUGGAGCUAUUUUUCAAGCAAGGCAGCGGAUAAGUCAUCGAAGAGUUGGUUUAACUGUUAUUAUGUUAAGCUCUUAGAUGGUAAUAAAGUAUAUUUUCAAGGAAAUGUGCAUAUAGUAUUCAAAUACUUUUAAAGACAAUGUGCUACAAUAUACUCAUGUUUUAAUGGGAAUCCUUUCAUUGA